GUAUGGAUAAAAUUUAUCGAAUACAUUCCUUUUCCGCUGAUAGUAUCUCGAAAAUGACAAAUAGAGAUAUUCAAUAUAUUAUAGAUAACGUAACAUUUGAUUAUAGUAUUAAGAUAGAACCUACCCUAAAAUCCGAAUUCCCUGAACCGAGUUCAGGAAGUGAUCAGCAAAUUUCUUGCGAAAAAGAAAAUAAAGAUUCAGAAUUUUUGGAAACAGAGGAUAAACCAGAAACUGUAAAUGAGGAUAAUAAUAUAAGCGAGAAAGCCGAAUAUUUACUGGAGGAAGAGAACCUCAUUUAUGGAAUAAAGAUGCAAGGUUUUAUAUUAAUCGACAUUCUUGAAACCAAAUUUUCGGUUACUAAGACAUUUUUUCGCCUAUCGCCUUCGGACGUAAUGUUAAUUCUUCAUUUAAGAUCGCCCAGUCCAAGAUAG